AUGGAAGAGGAUGAAAAGCUUUGCCUUGCAAAUGUCAUCCUUACAGAAGCAUUCUUGAUGACGCCUCAUUCAUUAGAGAAAAUCCCAAGUUCAAGACUUCACCAUGCAUCUGAUUUUGAGGCGUAUACAUCUUUGGCAUGGGGAAAGGAAGCCUACAACGUCUUGUCAACAAGUAUCAAGAGGAUGGAUACCAAUACAUGGGCAAGAGGCCAAUAUGAAGUCAAAGGUUUUCCUUUGGCUUUAUUGAUCUGGUCAUUCAGCGCUGUACCACUUUUUGGAGCGACGUUUGCUGUAUGCAACGACACGUCAAAGUGUGUCUAUCCUCUAUACUCUAACUGGGAAUCUUUGUUAACUCCAAGAUUAGAUCAAAUCGUGGAUGCCAUUCAAUCAUCGGAUUGUUCCGAGCUUGAAGCAGACAAAGAUAAAAGUGAAGAGGGUUUUUGA